AUGGGUUUAACAAUGAGUAUACUAGGUGUUCAAUGUAAGAACCCUAUCAGUCGGAAUUACACCACCUAUCGUGAAUCUAUCAGUCGGAAUUACACCACCUAUCGUGAAUCCAUCAGUCGGAAUUACACCACCUAUCGUGAAUCCAUCAGUCGGAAUUACACCACCUAUCGUGAAUCUAUCAGUCGGAAUUACACCACCUAUCGUGAAUCUAUCAGUCGGAAUUACACCACCUAUCGUGAAUCUAUCAGUCGGAAUUACACCACCUAUCGUGAAUCCAUCAGUCGGAAUUACACCACCUAUCGUGAAUCCAUCAGUCGGAAUUACACCACCUAUCGUGAAUCCAUCAGUCGGAAUUACACCACCUAUCGUGAAUCCAUCAGUCGGAAUUACACCACCUAUCGUGAAUCUAUCAGUCGGAAUUACACCACCUAUCGUGAAUCCAUCAGUCGGAAUUACACCACCUAUCGUGAAUCUAUCAGUCGGAAUUACACCACCUAUCGUGAAUCAGUCGCUGAAGAGUUGAAUUCGGCAUCGAGGCAGGAUUCGUCGGGCGUUUUUGCUAAUUAG